GCAAGAGGCUGAUCUUUGUAACAGGCUCCUAUGGAAUGCUGCAAGAAACAUUUUACACUCCUGUUAUGCACAGAAGUUAUUCACAGUUUCCAGACCUUUAUCUGAAAGCUUCAGGAGAUAAGUGAACCCGUAAAUGUGCAUAAUUGGAAGGCUUUACACAUUUUCCUCUAUUAAAAAAACUUCAAUAUUAUUUAUGUUUCAAGUUUGUACCCGUUUAAUAGUGGCGGGAACAGUAACCAAAGAGAAAUACUGUUUUGUUUUUUUUAAUGGCUCAACUCAGGACUUUUCCAGACCUUGGUCGACCUUAGGAUACCUUGCAGGAAACUACAGAGAAAAAGUAUCCUAGUGAUUGCACAGCAAAUAAUGACUGGAAAAGUCAUGCAUCUAUACAAAAAUCACUGCAAUGUGUGUGUGCGUCUAUCUAUACAGUAUAUAUAUAUAAAUAUAUAUAUAUACACAUAUAGAUUAGUGAUGAGCGGGUUCGGUUCGUCGGGAUCCGAACCCCCCCGAACUUCACCUUUUUUUACACGGUUCUGAGCAGACUCGGAUCCUCCCGCCUUGCUCGGUUAACCCGAGCGCGCCCGAACGUCAUCAUCCCGCGGUCGGGAUCCUCUGACAACGCCGGAGGGUGUUGUCAGAGGACCCGGCGCCGAGGGCGAUGGCGAGGACACAUGAGGUGGGGUAAGUGGGUAUAAAUUGUGUGUUUUUCCCUAUGUCUGUAUCCUGAUGACGUUAUUAAAUUAACGAAACGUUGAUAUUCGAUUUGUGACCGCUGUGUCCAUUAUUUACUGGAGUUAAGUCCUGCGAGUGCCACCAUUUCCCUACGUGUAUCUGGUUGUGAGACCUGUCUUGGGAGGCACCGGGGCAUAGUACAGUGAGAGGAACGAGUGCCGGCUGCUAUCCUGAUAUACUUGACAGGGGAUGACCAAGGGACGUUUUUUGGAACUGACAGUGGAUUCUCUGUAUCCUUUUGGCAAGGUACCACCCGCAAUUUCUUUGAUUAUACCUCAUCGGCUCUUUCCACCUCAGGAUUUGAUUCCUGUUUGCUUUUAAUUAUUCUCUUGUGGGGCAUGCAGGAGAAUACAGGCAUUAGGAACAUUGCUCUUCCUCUGGGAGAAACUUGGAGCUUUUCUGACGCAGAUGCAGACACGAUACGCUUUAAGGAACAUUUGGAGCAAUCAGAAGGGGGUGAAUCUGCUGAGCAACUUUAUGUGCAAUUAUUGAGGCUGACGAAAAAGGAAAUAGAUUUCUUCUUACACGGUGUCACUCUGUCGGACUAUCAUCGUAGUGGUCAGAUCCCUAGGGGCUUUCGAGUCAGAAAUUCCCCCACAAUCGGAAAAUAUAAUGCAGAGUUUUGCCGUAAGUGGGCCGCAAUUUUGAAUAAGUGCAGCCUGGAUCUGAUCCUGUUAGUCAUCGAGGAGUCAGCGAGAGAGUUAAAAGAGAUCAUGAAUAAAAAAGCAGAAUUUGAUACACAGCAUCUCACUACUAUACGACAGGACCAGAGUACGGAUUGGUUGGGGAAAUUAGCAACACGGGUGGAGAAUUACUGCAGAGACUUGGUCAAGUUCAAGCGUAAUAAGCUAACUUUGGUACAGAAAGACUAUACUGAAGGCAGAAUUUACCCUUGGGCAUUGAAUCCCAGCUAUAAAAGGACUUAUAAUCCACGACAGAGAAAAUUUAGGAGAUUUGCGGGUGACACUGAGACCUCGAGUGGUGGCCAGUCAUCUCAAAGUGAGAACGAGACGACCGAUAGAUCCAACACUGGCAAGCCCCCUUUAGGAGUCAGUACUCACGCUCAGCGAGAAACAAGAGGAGACCGUUUACCCGAAGAGGAGGACAGUGGCAAAGGGUCCUCAAAACGCAAGAACAAGGCUGCAAAGAAGACAUAGUCUUCAAUCUUUCCAGUAGAACUUUAACGCCCGAGGAGAGGAAACUGUUGAAUAAAGGGCUUUCCUUUGUACCGUCCAGUCAGUUUAAUGACUUCCAGUGGAAACUGGAUGCAUAUCGUUUUAAUAGGAAGUUGAGACUUCGUGAACACUUCGGUGUUUCUAGACAAUCUGACAUGGACGAAGUUAACCCAUUACAUAAAAUCAAAGGGACAUCAAACUUUGAUCCAAUCAGCAUGAAUACCUCCUUGAGAUGUUUCAACCGAUCACUUGAAAAACAGGUCAGUGGAUCAAUCCAGUCCUUGAGGUCGGUUAGCUCUAAUAUGUCUAAAUCUGAGUGGGAGAUCUUAGAAAACCUCAGUUGUGACAAGAGCAUUGUUAUCCGCCCCGCCGACAAGGGGGGCGAGAUUGUUAUACAGGAUUUAUCCAGGUAUAAGGAAGAGAUCUACUGACAGUUGGAAGACCCACAGGUAUACCUUGAAUUGUCAGUAGACCCGACUCCUAGGUUUGAAGCGGAAUUGAGAGCGGUACUGGAGGAGGCCACUGCUAAUGGUAUUAUUACUGGGGCAAGCAUGAAAACACUCAUACAGCAACAUCCAGUGGCCCCAGUACUUUAUACGUUGCCGAAAAUCCACAAACAUCCUACUGCCCCUCCAGGCCGUCCAAUUAUAGCCGCCAGGGAAUCUAUAUACUAUAAAAUUUCCCAAUACUUAGAUGUGUUCCUCCAACCUGUUGUUCAGUCUCAGAAGACCUAUUUGAAGGACACUAUCUCACUGAUUAUACAUCUACAAAGUUUACCUGUACUCCCCUCCAAUGCCUUUCUAUGUACUUUGGACAUAGUUAGUUUAUAUACCAAUAUACCACACUCAGGGGGUCUAUCAGCCGUUACGACAUUAUUGUCAUCCAGUCCACUUUACACUGGAUCAGAACUUUCAUUUUUCAUUAAAUUGUUAGAACUCACUUUGAAAAGGAACUACUUCCUGUUUGAUUCACGCUGGUUUGUCCAGCAACAAGGUUGUGCGAUGGGGUCCUGCGUGGCUCCGGCUUUUGCGAACAGUUAUAUGUUCGAGGUGGAACGACAGGCCUUAUUCAAUGAGAAAGAAGUUGCAGAGAAGAUACCUUUCUUCGUUCGCUAUAUUGAUGAUUUGUUCCUGAUCUGGUUAGGAACGGAGACAGAGUUUCAAGACCUGAUGACGAGAGUCAACUCGAUGGACAGUACUAUCAAAUUCACUUACUGUAUGAGUACCCAGUGUGUGAACUAUUUAGAUGUACAAAUCUCUCUGCAAGAGGGGAAUAUCCAUACCUCACUGUUUAAGAAAAGCACAGACCGCAAUACCAUUUUACAUGGCAGUAGCCAACACCCGGCCUCCACUAAGAAGAGACUUCCAUUUUCCCAAUUUCUUCGGAUACACUGUAUCUCUGAUGAUAUAAAUAACACCACGAAGGAGAUAGACAUUAUGAUGCGUCAAUUCCUAACUAGGGGAUAUAAGUUGGAUGACAUGAUGGAGGCUAACAGGAAGGUUAUGGCGAUUCCACGGUCUGAAACCUUAAUAUCUACGAAGAACAGCAGGAAGGCGAGCAAGGGUGAUACUAUUCCGUUUGUACAACAGUAUAAUUCUGCGAGUCCAAUGAUCUCAAAGGUGGUGAAGAAUCUGUGGCCAGUUGUGACCUCGGAUCCAGAUCUGAAGAUGCUCAACAAGACUAGAUUGUUGCCUAGUUAUACCAGAAAUAGAAAUUUGAAAGACUGGCUAGUGAAGAACGAUGUUUCUGCCACAUCAGUCGGUCGUCCUACUACCUUCUUGUCUAGAAAACCAGGAUGUUACCGUUGUACGGGCUGUACUACUUGCAGUUUUAUGGAGUAUGGGGAUUCGUUUGCCCACCCGCAUUCAGGGGAACGGAUCGCCAUUCGCCAUAUUUUGACUUGCAGUAGUACUUAUGUCGUAUACAUCAUACGUUGUCCCUGUGGUCUCCUCUAUGUGGGGAAGACCAUGAGACAAUUCAAAGAGCAUAUGGCGCUGCAUAGAUCUUCCAUUCGUCAGGCGUUGGAAGGUGGUAAAAGUGGUACCAAUCAGCCUGUUGCGAGGCACUUUCAAGCAUUGAAUCAUGGCCUUGCAACACUGAGAUAUAAAAUUAUUGAUACUGUCCCCAAACGUCUGCGUGGAGGUGAUAGGGGUAAGGCCUUAUUACAGAAAGAGGCACAGUGGAUUCACCGUUUCAAUACGAUAACCACGAAAGGCCUCAAUGAGCACCUUCCUUUGAAUUGUUUCCUAUAAGCUUUAGGUCUCUUUGUUUAUUACAAGGUCAGCAUGUUUUAGGUUAUUAUUAUUUCCCAUGCAGGGGCUUUGCCUAUGUUACAACUAGCAUCUGCUCAGCUUCAGCUCAGUUUGCUCGAUAUCUUUUAGUCUGCCAUAUUAUUACUUACUUGCCAUAUAAUGACAUGGUGUACUUUUAUCUCAGGGAUUAAUGUUCCCCGAGUUUUAUGUUCAUCUAACAUUCAGUAGAACAUGAUUUAGUAGUGCAGACAUUGUGAUAGGAGAUUUAUAGCAGAGAGCGCUAUUUGCCUGACACUUCUCAUGCUUCACGUCACUUUUAUUUGUUGUGCUAGGUUGCCGAGCAACCGCCUAAAUCGGCCGGGCGCACAGGAAGUGCGCAGCGCCGGAGGGUGUUGUCAGAGGACCCGGCGCCGAGGGCGAUGGCGAGGACACAUGAGGUGGGCGGUGGCGUCCACACAGCCAGGGGUGUGUCCGGUUCCUGUGGUAACAAGGAGGUGCUGGGCCAAUGACAUCACCAGAGGGGUAUGCUGGCAUUCAUUCCACACAUGGAGGCGCCCCAGCUGCACCUGUUCGCAGAGGGCUAAUUGUUCUGCUUAUUCACUUGGAUAAAGGGGAAUGUGUUUCCCAAAAUGUCUUUAUGCUUUUUGUGAAUAUAAUUUGUUAAUCUUUUUUACGUCUCUGAGUGCCGCUGUUUUUUUCUAUUAUACAGUACAUACAUAUAAACAAUGUCCUGAAGACAGUGUCAUUAAAACACUGAAAUGUUAAUCGUUUAUACCGCUGCAGCAGUGUGAUUAUUUUCCAGACCUGAAUAUAUAACAUGUGCCAACUUAUGUAACUGCUCUAAGUCUCAUCUUCAAUUGUAAGUAAGUUCAUAUUAUUAAACAUCUCUCAGUCAGUGCAGUACUCUCCCUCUUCUGCUCCAUG